UUCAUAACUUUAGCCUUUUAUCAAUCUACUUUAGGUUAACCUAUAGAUAAGAAUAUCUGGUUUUAUGACAAUCACAGAAGAACUUUGGAUCUGCUAAAACGUCACAAAGAAAGUAUUCUCCAUAGUUAACACACGAGCAGAUCUUCACCAGCUCAGUGAAAGCCAGAUACAUUGUUCCAUGCAAGAAUGAAGACUUUGCAGACUACUUUUUUUUUGUUUGUGUUUGUACCUUUGGUAAAUUCAGCACCACCUAUACAGCAAGAAUCACUCCAGUUUUAUGAGUAUGAUACAGAUGUUACCAUGGGAAGCCUGAUCCAACAAGAUUAUGAAAUGCAAUCCAAGGAUUUACGAAAGGAUGGAACAAAUGUUUCUCUUGACACUUCCCUAAGACUGCAAGGGGAUGACAGUGAACGCAAUGUACCACCAACAAAGGAUACAAAUUUACCUACUUGUCUGCUCUGUGUGUGUUUAAGCGGAUCAGUGUACUGCGAGGAAAUAGACAUCGAAGCUGUACCCCCACUGCCAAAGGAAACAGCGUAUCUUUAUGCACGAUUUAACAAAAUAAAAAGGAUAGCAGUCUCAGAUUUUGCUGACAUUACUACCUUGAGAAGAAUUGAUUUUAGUGGAAAUAGGAUAGAAGAAAUAGAAGAUGGAGCCUUUUCAAAGCUUCUGUUAUUGGAAGAACUUUCUCUUGCUGAAAAUCGACUUAUAAAACUUCCUGUUCUACCUCCCAAACUAACAACAUUUAAUGCAAAUCAAAAUAGAAUCAAGAGCAGAGGAAUCAAAGCAAAUGCUUUCAAGAAGCUGACAAAUUUGGCCUACCUCUACUUAGGACAUAACGCACUGGAAUCUGUUCCCCUUAACUUACCGGAAAGUCUGCGUAUUCUUCACCUUCAGUACAACAAUAUUACUACAAUCACCGAUGACACAUUCUGCAAAUCUAAUAACACACGUUACAUCCGCACACGUAUGGAUGAGAUAAGGAUGGAAGGCAAUCCGAUCCUCUUGGCAAAGCAUGUUAAUGCUUUUUCCUGCUUGAGAACACUGCCUGUAGGAACAUACUACUAGCCACCACUUACGUAAUUAUACAUGCCAAAACUUAAACAUGGUAACAGAUCAUUCUUUUUCCUCUGUUUACACAUUUCUAUCCUCUCCUUACUAAUGCCAUUUUUCCUGCAGACCCAGAACCUUUUACUAUGUUGAAAUGUGGUUCUCCUCUGAAAUAACUAUUUCAACACAGCCACUUUAUUUAGUAGUUACAAUGUCACCCAUGCUUUCAGAAUCUUUUCUGUUAAUGAAAGUGUAAAGUGUAAAAAUACAUAUACACACACACUUACCUUCUCAUCUUUUAUUUGACCA